AUGCUCAGGGAAGAAGCACAAAUGGAUAUGCGUUUCAGCAUCACGGUUGGUGUGGCUAACUGGGCGCUGCUUGCCGGCUAUCUAGUCAUUCCCGGCACGUUCACAUCACUGCAGACCUCGAGCCAGGUUGAAAAGACGUUGCAAACCAACAAGGCCGGUCGGACCGCUCUACAUAUGAUCCAGAACCCCCCGUUACUCGCUAUUGCGUGCUUCCUUUUUGUUAGUGGCACUGCAGCUCUCAUGUGGCUGAUGCACGUCCCAAAGCUCAGGGGAAACUACCCCUGGCUGAUUAACAAAGUGUUUGUUCCCCUAUGCCUGCAUGCUGUUGCCGGACUGCUGACCACUGUCAUCAACGUCUGUACGUCGCAAGGUGGGAAUUGGUCGGUAAUGGCUAUUAUAACAACUGCUGUUACUGGAGCAACUCUUCUGAUCUGCUCAGCACUUCUCGCGCUUUACAAAUUCUACAAAUUGGAGCGGAUCAGAAAGGAAGAUGAGGAUAUCCGACGUUCGCGAGCCUCGAUCACGUCUGAUACGUGA